UGAACCCUGAGCUGAAACAUGGCACGGGUCUGGAUUUUAUCCUUCUGUUUUUAUUCACUCAUUAUUGCUGGAGAUGGGGCGAGACGAACUGAAUACAAAACAAUUACUAAACAGGUGACAACACCUUCAUGGGAGACAACAUCUCCAACAACUGGAUGGACGACAACAACUGGAUGGGAGACAACCACUGAAGGAGAUGUGUGGCAGAGGAGAAAUCUGAAUAAUCAGAUGUUCAGCGUGAUGUCUGCAGGCAGCGUCCGUUUCCGCUCGGCUCCUUUCCCCAACAUCACUGCACUUACUGUGUGUCUGAGAGGCAUGACGGAGCAGAAUUGGAUGAUAAAUGAUGGACUUUCUCUUACAUUUCAGGGCAGCAGCUAUGAUGUGGUGACCCUAGGGGAUUACUACAGUGAUCAGUACCAUUUACAGAUAGGUGGUGACCAAGUUCUUUUUAAUAGCUACUCCAUGGUGUCAGUGUACGGUCAGCGUUUGCCGUGGAAAAGCCGAUGCUUCACCUGGGACUCCAGCAGUGGAAUGGCCCAGCUCUGGUUCGAUGGAAAAAUGAGCGUUCGCAAAGGAGUGGGCAGAGGAACGGUCUUUUCCGGACAGGUUGAAUUAUCCCUGCUUGAGUUUACGGGCCAAGUGUCUGACAUCUACGUUUGGGAUUCGGCCCUCGACGACAAGCAUCUCUAUUAUUACCUGGUGCACAAUUACAUCUCCUCACGAGGUCUGAUUCUGGACUGGAGGAAGAUUGAGUACAGCACCCGUGGUUAUGUGGUCCUGGAGCCUGGGUACACCAACCUGCACUGUUCUGAUCCUGACAAACCCAACAAGCAGCAAAGAAAAAAGAAUCGGAGGCAACACAGAUGCGUCCCUGAGAGGGUAACAUCACUAAAUCAGACCGGGGGUAAAGCGUUUACUCUUCAUCCUGCUGUAGGUUCCUGUAGGUCUGAGAGAACCUGGUGCAGGGUGAUGGCACGACUUCAGCUCUUCCUGUUCUGUUUCUCUUUACUGAACAGCUUAUCUGAGGGGGAAUCAGAAGAUGUUUGGCACACACGCGAUCUGGGGGGACGGAUGCUCAGCGUGAUGCCCACUGGAAGCGUCCGUUUCCGGUUGGUUCCUCUCUCUAACCUUAAAGGACUCACGCUGUGUAUGAAAGGCCUGACGGAGAAGAGAUGGCUGUUAGACGAUAAACUGGAAAUCAAGUUUAACGGCAGCAGAUUCCCUUCCAUUGAAUUGCCAGGAUCUGUAAAUCCUUACUAUUAUUUACGGGUAGGGAGCUCCAGUGUGAAGUUUGGUGUGAACUCCUUUGUUCAGUUCUGUAAUGUACCGUCCCUGUGGAAAACCCGAUGCUUCACUUGGGAAUCCAACACUGGAAUGGCUCAGCUCAUAUUCGAUGGAAAGAUGAGUGUCCGUAAGCAAGUCGGGAAGGGACAGGUCUUUUCUGGCCCGGCUGAAUUAUCCUUGCCCAACUUUGAGGGUCAAAUAUCCGACAUCUACCUGUGGGGUUCAAUCCUUAAUCUACGUGAUAUCUGUCAGUUCAUCUCAAACACUACGUCCCCCAUGUUCAGCAAUGUUCUGGACUGGCGGCAGAUCGAGUACACCACCCGUGGCGAUGUGGUGCUGGAAUUGGCUUUUCCUAAACUCACCUGGUUUUAGGACUGUAGGAAAGAUUGUCCUGAUCCUCUCACUCUCAAGCGUGUGCGAUCAUGUAGGAAUACGUUUAUUAUUCACAAUCAAAAUGCUAUUUAAAGAAAAGUUUAGUUUAAAUAAAAUGUGAUUUAGCACAUGAGAUGAUUGAUGCUACUGUCAGAGGUACAGAAUUAACACCUGAGGUCACCAGAGAUGUUUAAUAAAUACAUCUUUGAAGCAAA